AUGCUAGCAAACCCUGCACUGGCGCCUACGCCGCCGCCGAUUGAGCCUCGCCUGAUUUUAUCUGACGAUGGCAGUCCUGGUCUCUUCGGACCUCGCACGCCACAGCCCCCUGAACUUGGUCCUGCACCGACGGGGGAGCUUGUGCAUUCCUGGGUUACCUGGCAUCCAAACCCUGCACUGGCGCCUACGCCGCCGCUGAUUGAGCCUCACCUGCUUGUAUCUGACGAUGGCAGUCCUGGUCUCUUCGGACCUCGCUCGCCACGGCCCCCUGAACUUGAUCCUGCACCUAUGGGGGAGCCUGUGCAUUCCUGGGUUACCUGGCAUCCAAACCCUGCACGGGCGUCUACGCCGUCGUCGAUUGAGUCCAACCUGAUUGUGCCUGACGAUGGCAGUCCUGGUCUUUUCGGACCUCGCUCGCCACGCAGCUACCGGUAA